GGCUCGCCUCACUGUUUCUCGGCCAGCCGUCGCUGCAGGCUGCUCUCUCUCGCUCUCCUCCCAGCUGCUCGGAUCCGCCUUGAUCAUCGCAAAGAUGCCCUCUCAGCUGGAACACGCCAUGGAAACAGUCAUGUUCACUUUUCAUAAAUUUGCCGGUGACAAGAACUAUCUAACGAAGGAAGACCUUCGGCACCUGAUGGAGAAGGAAGUUCCGGGAUAUAUGGAAAACCAGAAAGACCCGAUGGCCAUUGACAGGAUCAUGAAGAACCUGGAGGAAGGCCGGGACGGGAAGAUCACCUUCGAGGGGUACCUCUCCCUCUUUGCCGGCCUGACCAACGGCUGCAACGAAUAUUACGUGAAGAAAAUGAAGCCGACGGGGAAGAAAUACUGAGAAGGCGGGAGGCAGAUCUUCCUGCACCGGAGCACUGGUUCCUCACAGUAUGGCAUCGUCAGGCCUCUGAGGCCAUGCCCAUUAACCCCCAGAGAACCGACCUGUCCCUCCAGAGCUAACCCAAGUCCGCUUAAAAGUGUCCCCUUAAUGUCUCAGACGUAACCACGGUCAGGUGCGGGAGAACCGCAAAACCCCACCACCCCGAUCCUUACCCCCUCCCCGUCCGAAAUGUCUGAGCCUCCAAAUCAGCCUUCCCAUAACUGCCAGAAACCAAAGCAUCAGCUUGCCGUUAUGCUAUACUGUAUCCUCUGCUUGGGCUAUG